CCCCCCCGCCGCCCUCUCCUCCUCCUCCUUCCCCUCCAUGGCCAGGAAAGAGUCGGAAACUUGGAGGGCAGAGGCAUCGCCUUCCUCUGAAAACUUCGUCGUUUAGCUUGCUUCCCUCAGCUGCUUCCCCUCAUCUUGCAAAACUCAAUGCUUUCUGUGUCUGCAAAGUCUCUCCUGAUUUCAUAAAUAACCCGUUUUCAUAGCGCUGUAAGUGCCACGGGCUCCUGGCUGUGGAAUUCUGGGAAUGGUCGUUUGUUGUGGCACCAGAGCGAAGCCCGUGGCACUUAAAGCGCUAUGAAAACGGGUUACUUAUACCGUGUGGGUGGUGUUUCUGGGGAGAUAAUCUGUGCUUCCUCAAUCAGGCUGUGAAUAACCUCAGGGUUUGGGAUUUUCUCCUGUGUGUGUGACUGUUUUUAUCUUAAUGUUCUUCUUCCUGUUCUCUCUCCUCCAGAUGUCAGUUUCUCCAUUCUCUUCCUAUUUAUAUUUGGAGAAGGCUCAAUGUCUCUCAAAACUACAGUCCCCCAGGAUUCCCUAGCAUUGAGCCAGGGCAGUUUAAAGCGGGUCUCAAACUGGGUUAUUUCUGCAGUGUGUUUUGGACCAUAGUUUUCCUCAUCCCUCCAGGAAUGAGAUUUAGAUUGGCUUGGUCCUCAGGUAGAUACAGGCUGCAUCCACACUGUGGAAAUAAUCCAGUUUGAUGCUGCUUUAACUGCCACAGCUCCAGGCUAUGGCAUUCUGGGGAUGGUAGUUUAAUUGCUGUGGCUCCACGCUAUGGGAGGCUGGGAUUUGUAGUUUUGUGAGAGCCUUAGCCUUGCUAAGUAGUUUAUGUUGGCGCAAUAAACUACAGAUCCCAGGAUUCCGUAGCGUGGAGCCAUGGCUGUUAAAACGGUGUCAAACGGGAUUGUUUCUGCAGCCGUAAAGCUCCAAUUUUUCUUUUCCAGUUCCAUUUUCUCUCUCCAUACAUCUUGUGCUACCAUUAUAAUCUCUCUUCUCUUCUUCCUGAGCAGCUGCUUGCAGAGCAAUUUCUGUUAAUGCCAGUCUCACUGUGAUGUAAAGUUUAUUGCUAACCUCUUUGUUGCUAUUUGCUGUCAAGUUGACUUUGACUUGUGGCGACCCUGUGGAUGAGAGACCUCCAAGUCAUCCCCUCCUCAACAGCCCUGCUCAGGUCUUGCAGAUUCAGGGGCCGGAUCACAUUUUACAAACAUCCUACAAGGGAGAUGCUUGUUUGUACAAUUCUCAGGUAUUUUAAUCAAUGCAGUCCUAGACACUUAUUCAGAAGGCUCAGACUCCAUGUCUUCCUUGUACUCAAGACUAUGAAUGAUCACAAUGAAAUAUACAAAGAGUUUCCGGAAGCCUUGUUAAGCCGUAGCUUAAGAAGUACGACAAAUACACCUGAUCAUGGAUCUUCAGGCGGUAGUGCACACCCUGAGUAUAUUGCUUUUUUGCUGAUUCCUGUCUUCUUCCUAAUGGGUCUCCUGGGGAUUUUGAUCUGCCAUAUACUAAAGAAAAAAGGGUAUCGUUGUACAACAGAAGCUGAGCAAGAAGAGGAAAAACUUCAGGAAAAGAUAGAACUGAAUGAAAGUACAAAUGAUAAUGGUGACACUGUGGGGAAAAUCGUUGACUACAUUAUGAGAAAUGAAGCUAAUGCUGAUGUGCUGAAGGCCAUGGUGGCAGACAACUCUGUAUUUGAUCCAGAAAGCCCUACUAGUCCAGGCAGUCCAACUACCCCAGGCAGUCCCACAACUCCAGCUUCUCCUUCCUCACCUGGAGAUUCUCAGUUGAAACAUACCUGUCGAGGCCGUCAUUUGCAUACUGUUGGUGGAAUUGCAGGGACAGGUGCUUGUUCUCGCUGCAGUCAGAAAAGAUGGCAUCUUUUCAGUCCAUUAAAAAAAUCUAAAGAUGUAAGAAGAGCUCGGCAUGGAGAAGUCACUGUACUCUCAGUGGGAAGAUUUAGAGUCACGAAGGUGGAACAUAAAUCAGCUUCGAAGGAGCGUAGAAACUUGGUGUCUGUAAGUGUUGGAGACAACAUCUGUGGAGAAACACCAGCUACUCCUGUCAAAGAAUGCUCUAAAGAAGUGACAGUUACACCUGCUGGGAAACAGGGAUCCAAAGAACUGCAUCACACUCCUCCCCAGCAAGGACAGACAGCAAGAUCUAGUUCAGAAUAACAGGUGGGCAUAGAGUCUAUGCAGACCCAAAAUGAGAUGGAGGCUUUUAGAAUACGCACAAACAACAUAUUUGCAAAAAAUCAAACCUAGGACACUUAUGCCACGCCAAAGACAUAUUUGUGAAUGAACUAUUGGUGCGCAUUGCUUACAUGAUUGAAUUUACGUGGAGUUGCAUACCAGAGUUUAACAUUUUUAAAUAACUGAAAACAUAAUGACAUUUUAGCAAUUUGAGAUUACUGUGACAUAUGGUCAGCAGUUUUAUAUUUUAAAUUAUUACAUGUUUUCACUUCUAAUAAAGGGGAAUUUUAUGAAAUAUUUUUUGGAAUGGAGAAAACAGUUAUCAGCUUGCCAAAAUAGUCUUCUGCUGUGUUGCAAUGUAAAUGUAUAAUGUUGUAUUAGUUUUUUUUUAAGAGACAUAAAGUUUGGGAACAAUGUCAGAGACCAAAGUUUUGAACCAUAUUUAGGACUUAAUUUAUUGUUACAAUAACAAUGAUUGUUAAAUUAAGCACUACUUACUUAAAUUUUCUCUGUAUCCUUUCCAUAGUUACUAUUUUUGUGUUCAAAUCAAUCUAUGCAGUCUAAGGAAGACUAUAUAAUUUGCGCUUGAGUACAUGUACAUUCGUGUACAUGUGCACUUGCCCACACACAGUAUAUUCAUGAUAUGUAUGGUCUUAAAUACUGAUGGAAUCCCAAAACAGCCUUUCAGCUUUGCUGACUUGUAGAUGAAUAACUAUGGAGCUACUUCAUGAUCCUGUCUUUGUGUGUGUGUUAAUCUUAGCUUAUUACUUUUUUGAGAUGGUGAUUCUUCUACAGACAAAUUGUGAAAGCAAACUUCUUUCUGAGUUCUCUAAGAUGUUAGCACUACUGGAGAAUUUCAGAAGUUGAAUGUACUCUAGAUGCAUGUGGGAAACACUGUUCAUCACAUUAUGUUGGCAUUACCCAAGAAAAUACUGACUAUAUUAGAGCCAGCUGACCUCCAUUAUAAGAACAAAAACUCUUCAUUAUAGAAUUUCAAUCAAUGCUAAAUAUAUAACAAUGUAAGACACCUAAAUCAGUAAUCCAUUUACUGUUACAGUAAAUAAAUGCAUUAUAUCUUGGAAUGAGGGGAAAAACGGGUUUUUUUGAAGGGCGCUUUUGUUCUUUCUGUAUGUUCAAUACCUCUUUGUAUUGAACUUCAGAUGAAAUAUAGGAAAAUGGCAAUGUGUUUAUAAUAAAAAGGUGCAGAAGGAUAUAUUUUUAAAGGAAAAGUUUGGAAAAUGCUGUAUCUGGUCAAAAUCUCUCCUUUUGGAAAAGUUUCAAAUAAAAAGUAAAUGUUUUUGAUUUCAUGUAAAUUGAGUAGGCCUUGAAGAACUGAAAUUUUAUUGGAUAGUCAAUACAUUUUAGGUAUAGUGCAUUACUUGCCUGGUAAAUGAAAAUGUAUUCCAAAAAUAUCAUAAAACCUCAAGUGAAAAGGGUUGCAUCUUAAUAUGAUAUAGAUUUCUUCUUGGCAAAAUUUUAUUACAUUUCACUUGCAUGAGCUGAACCGUGAGGUGGAAUUGGUAAACACUCUUUGAAUGAAUCCCGUAAACCCCUCAUCUUUGAGAGGAGGAGAGAUAAAUGGAUGAAAAUAGGAAAAUAUUUGCCUUCACACAGAUUGAGGAACAUAAGCUUUGCCUGUACACUGAACUGCCUUUUUAUUUGGCUGUCACAAUAUUGUCAUAAGGCAUGUACACCAAAUCCAAGUAAACAUUACAUUAAAGUCCCAUUUACAUGGAUUGUGAGUAUUUGAGGACAGGGGUAGUACUUCUAGUAAAGUAUUGUAGCAUGGAGUACUUCCAUUCAGCCAUCCAUGCUUUUCUCCAUGAUAUUCCAUUGCACUACCCUUGCACCUUGGUUUUUGUGUCUGCACAAGAGCGGCGGAGCAUUCUGUGCCACUAAGCAGAUUUAGGUCUCAUGGGUCUUUUUCGUGCAGUUUUAUUUAGUGUUUUUUCUAAACACCUUUUUUUCUACUUCAACGAAGCUUGGGAUUCCCUGAAGCUUCUGAAUACUAUACUUUUAUGUGUGGAUGUUGCAAUUUUGUUUACGUAAGAAUAUAAAUUCAGCUCUUAACUUUGCAUAUAGAGGGUAUUAUUAAUUAGUGACACCUGACUUUCCCGGUUGAUUUCCGUGGGCCUUUAGCUCAAGUCCUCCGCGUGCUUAUGCAAUCCCUGAUUGGCUAGAACUAUAUAAUUUACAUUUUAAAAAAUGCGAUAUUAGAAAUAUUAACAUAAUGUUUAUUAUGAAAUACAGUUGAAAGAGGCAAGAGAAGCUGGAAAAACAAAUUCCCAGAAACCACUCCUUCUGUGACAUAGGCCAACAUUACUAAAAAAUAUUUUAUAAUUUUUUUUUGCUACACCAAGCCCUAAUGGAUGUAAAAGUUAUAACUCCUAUUCUAGAGGCCAGUUCACAUGUGUAAACAAGAUUGUUUGGGUGCAGUCCUGCAAUGGAAUGCAUCAGUGGAUGAAACCCUGUUUGUAGCACCUGAUUUAUUCACAUCGCAGGCACCCUGCAAAUUUAUGAUCAGCUUCACUAGAUCAGACUGCAGUAACCAUCUGUUUGGGUAAUUUUCAUGUACAGAUCAUGUAUAUACCUUCUGCUGUUGACAGAGCAGAUUGUGGAAGUGAUGUUUAUGUGCCUGAAAUGGGCUUCUUGUACCAACAUGAUUGUAUGAUAUGUGGCUUGCCCUAAGAAAGUAAAGCUCACUUUUUACAAGCAUGUGCAUUAAAUCUAUUUUAACAGUGUAGUUUGUAUGAAUAUUUUGUACUACUUGAAAAAUAAAAAUUGCAGUCCCCUUUUUAAA